AUGUAUCAGCGGGUCCGCAGCGCUGUCAGAGCUCCGGAGAUCCGCUCCGUAACACCGGCACCCUGCGACGAUUCUUCCCCGCCCUGCGGUGCCCUGCAGCGGCCUGGCUACACGGAGAACAGCCGCUCAGCUGCAGCAGCAGCUCCGGGAGAAGCAGAUGUUUCCAUCUGGUUCAGAGAGGAGGGAGAGGGCAGCAGCAACAUGGUCAACCCCAGUCUGAGGCGUCUCUUCAUCAGCUUCAACGUCUGCUUCGUGAUUGUCGGUGGACUAAUCAUCAUCGUCUCCUUGGCUCUGCUGUCUCCUUCACUGGACGACUCACAUGGAGGACAUGAUCACUCACCAGCCACUGAACUCUCUGUCCUCCAGUUUGAAGAUCAGACAACAAGUCACAUCGUCCUCUACAUCGUUGGCUCCGUUACCAUGGCGAUCGCCAUCUUGGGCGCCUGUGGAGCCCAUAAGGAGAACCUGACGGCUCUGACUGUGUUUCUGGUAUGUAUGGUUAUUGGUUGUCUGCUGAUGCUCCGAGCUGCAGUCCUCGCAGCCGUCACCCGACCCGAGUUGGAGAGUGUGAUGGAGGAAAGAUGGCGUUCGUUUCUACCUCUGGAUCAAGCUUCAGACGCCAUCAAAAGUCAGGCUGAAGCUCUGCAGACAUCACUGCACUGCUGUGGUCUGUUCAGUCAUGAGGACUGGGAGGACAACAUCCCUGACUCCUGUCUGUGCGACCUCGAUAUGGAGACGGAGAUGGAGGUGAAAUGUGAGACAGUCAGAUACAAAAACUUUCUUUCGAGCCUUUUCCGGCAGCAGAGGUCAGUCCUCAGUCAGAACUGCCUCCCCCUCAUCAUGGAUUCGGUCGAGACGAAAGCUGACAUCACGCUGGCCGUAGUCUUCACUCUGCUGGUGCUGGCGCUGCUCGGCUUGUCGUUGUGUUCGCUGAUGAUCUACCAGAUGUUCAGCACCUCCGACAGGCCCAACACGCCGCUGUCUGUGCCGGUCAUGUUCUUCGACCAGCCGCCCGCCUACCAGCAGCUGUUUGACUCAGAGUAGACAGACGACACUUUCACAAUAAAAGAUGCAGAAAGCUUCAAAAUAUCCCUCUGCUUUUCCAUUAAUCGUACCUUAGAAAAUCUUUUAAAAGUUAAAACAGAUUUCAAGUGUCGUGUCUGCAUAUAGUAAGAGUUCAUCAACACUUGGACUAAAAUCUUAUAACAGUUGGUGG